GGCAGGAUUACUAUUUGUAUCUGUUUAUUCACCACAAACUACCCGAUUUGGGAAUUAUUUAUCGGGGCGGAUGCCAUUGUGCGUUUCGAUAUUUUCUUUUGUCCGCUACUGUCUACAUAAACCAAACGCUGCAGUAAAAUGGAGUCUCCAGAAGACAAUGAUUUCCUCCCCUCGACCAGCUCGCACUCAAGAAUCUCGUUCGAUGCCAUCCCGCAACCUUGACUUGGAAGCUGAUAUCGCUCCUCCAGCAUAUCAAGAACCUCCUGAAUAUACGAAAAAGUCUGCCCAACCGCCUACUCUCGCAGAGCAUCUAUUCAAGUUUGGCUUCCUAUUCCCACCAUUCUGGAUCCUAGGCUCCCUUAUUCUUCUUACUCCCCUCCGUGCGCCCGACCCUUCCUCCACCACAUCCUCAUUCUGUGCCUGGCUCCCAGAAAAGACUGAAGCCGAACGGGCUAUCAUCGUCUCACGACUCCGGAAAGUCGAGCUCUUCUGGGCAUGGAGAUGUCUGUUUGCUCUCCUCGUCAUAGUAUGUUUGGCUGUAGCGGCUGGGGUCACUGUAUGGGCUGUUUCGAUGGGGUAGCGAGUUGACCGGCUGGGAAUAUGUGCACAUUUGCAGGGUUCGCCGUUUUACUUCGGACCUAUCGCUAGCCUACCGUGAUUUGGGUGCUCGCAUCGUGAUGCGCCAGCACCCGCUCACGUCCAGCGAAGGUCACUGCGGGUCAGUCUUCUCCCCGUUCUGAUCAUGAACGCGUGUCAGGUCAGAGAGAAAGGGGAGAGUCUUAACUUGUAGUGUGAAGCUGGUAGGUUUGGUGUGUGCAUACCGGUCAACUUGAAGGAUAAUGUAACUUUCAC